GCGCCACCCGGCGCCACCUAACACACAGAUUCGGAAACUCUAAGGGAUAAGGGAUUUUGCAUUUUGCGAGAGGUCGACGGUUGAUGUGUUGUCAACACGAUUUGCAAACUCUUCUCAACUACAGAAAAACUGCGAUAGCGUAGACCGGCGAAAUCAUGUCUGGAAUCGCGAUAGCCCGACUGGCUGAGGAACGGAAGGCAUGGCGCAAAGACCAUCCGUUCGGCUUCGUCGCCAGACCCACCAAGGGAACCGACCAGAGCCUGAACCUGAUGAUCUGGGAGUGCGCCAUCCCCGGCAAGAAGGGCACCCCCUGGGAAAACGGAGUCUACAAGCUCAGGAUGAUUUUUAAGGAGGACUACCCCUCGAGCCCGCCAAAAUGCAAAUUUGAGCCACCACUCUUCCACCCAAAUGUCUACCCAUCUGGCACUGUGUGUCUGUCCCUGCUGGACGAGGAGAAAGACUGGCGUCCGGCCAUCACGAUCAAACAGAUCCUGCUCGGAAUCCAGGAUUUGCUGAAUGAGCCAAACAUCAAGGAUCCUGCACAGGCUGAGGCCUACACCAUAUACUGUCAGAACAGACUUGAAUACGAAAAGAGGGUUCGAGCCCAGGCCAGGGCCAUGUCCGUGGCCGAGUAAGUGUCUGCAAGAUUGAGCUUUGGUGUUGACGGUGAAGCGUGAUGCUGGAGAUAAUUGUGGACUCGAAUAUUGUGUAUCUGCAGUAGUGUCGUCUGACUGCAUUGGUUGGUUACUCUAUUCUUCUUCUUGGCUAUAGACUUGGUUCCUGUGGAUGAUAUUGAAAUUGCCAGCCAAGUGAGGAGUUAUAGCGUAAUAAUUUAUCGAAUCAACUUCUCCAAAGUCGGUAGAAGUCUCUUUUAUCUAACCAACUCAUUAAAUGUAAAAAAUUUGAUCGGUUACUUAUAUCAAUGUUUCAAUGCAAUCUUAUUUUCUAUUUCGGACGUUUCGGUUCAAUCAUAAUCCGUGUAAAUCAUAAGUAAAUAAAAAUAAUUAAACUUAUCUUCGUAAUUUAAAUUUCA